AUGGAAAUUGAUGGUGGUUUGAGGCUUCUGCGACUUGACAUGGAUGUCGUUAAGAUGUAUGAAGCUGCUGUGGAGAAUGGGCAUAAGAUUGAAUUAUACACAGAGUACCCAAUUAGCCAAGCAGAUGCUGUAGAUACGAAUGAAGAAGCUGGUGUAGAAGCACCUGAUCAGGGGCUAAUUCCAGCAGUAAAGGAUAUCAUGGCAGGUGCACAUCACAGAUUCUGUGCCAUGCAUAUCUAUCAAAACUUUAAAAAACAAUGGCCAGACUUAGAAAUGAAGGCUGCAAUGUGGGCAUGCUCAAAGGCUACUACACCACAAGAGUUUGAACUUGCAAUGGGGAGGGUCAAGAGAAUAAACCAGUACGCUUGGGAGUAUCUUAACAAAAUUUCUCUGCAACAGUGGUCAAGAUCUCACUUCAGUGAGUACCCUAAGGUUGACUUUUAUACAAAUAACAAUUGUGAGACCUUCAACGGCAAAAUUAAAAAGAUGCGAGGAAAGCCGAUUAUUACCAUGUUAGAGGAAGUGAAAGGUUAUGUAAUGAGGAUUUUGGCAAGAAACAAGAAGGCACUUGUCGGAUAUCAUGGUAGAAUAACCCCUGUGCAACAAAGCCGUUUGGAAAUGGAGAAAAAAGAGAGCAACUAUUGGAGGCCCUUCCCAUCUGGUGAUGAAGAUGGGAAUGUCUAUGAGGUUCAAAGGCUACCUGUGAAGGUGAGUGUAGACUUGGGGAGAAGGACCUGUUCAUGCAGGUUAUGGCAGCUUACUGGACUUCCAUGUAAGCAUGUCUGUAUUGCCAUUGCAUACCAAAAUCGCAGGGCCGAGGACUUUGCUCACAACUGGCUUACUAUGGGAGCAUACAACCUAGCAUAUCAUUGGAUAGUUCAACCUGUCCCAAGCCAGGAGUACUGGGAGAAGGGAAACCACUAUCCAUUGUUGCCUCCUGUGUAUAGGAAGCCUACUGGGAGACCUAUUAAAAAGAGAGAUGCUCGUAGAGAUGGUCCUAGAGAGAAUCCUGAUCCCCAUAGAACAAAGAGGAGAUAUGGCCCUAUUAAAUGUACAUAUUGUCUGAAGGUAUAA